AUGGUAUGGAAGUCUGUGUAUGUACCGGAAGACGCUGAGGGAGGGGAGGAGGACCGGAAGGAAGGAGGAGGAAAGGAAAGAGAAGGAGGAGGAAAUGAAGAAGAAGAGGAGGAGGCGCGUCGAGGGGAAGACGAGGAGGACGAAGAGGAGAAGAAGGAAGAAGAGAGGAAGAUGAAGGAGAGCUUCCUUGGGAGGGUGACUCAUCUCCACCUGCAGAACAAAGGCAUUACUCACCUGGAGGACGUCGGGAUGUGUGGGGGGGCGCUGGUGGCCUAUCUGCAGCACAACCACCUGACGCGCCUCGCCAACCUAAGGCCGCUGCGACACCUGCAGGAACUCUACCUCCAGGACAACGAGAUCACCAGGCUGGAGGGUCUUCGGGAGAUGUGUAGCCUGCGCCGCCUGCUGGUCUCCGGGAACCGCGUCGGGGUGGUGGAGGGGCUGCCGCGUGGCCUAACGGAGCUUCACGUCCAGGACCAGCGCCUGCCCCCCGGAGACGCGCUCAUCCUUGACCCCCACGCCCUCGCCGCCGUGCAGGACACACUGAGAGUCCUGGACGUGAGUGGCAACCGACUGACUGAGAUAGGCGCGGUGGGUCUACUGGGCCGUCUACAGGUGCUCCAGGCUGCCCACAACGACCUGUGCUCCUUGCCCCACCUAUGCACCGUGCUGGGCCGCCUGCCGCACCUGAGACUCCUCACCCUCAGCGGCAACCCCGUCACCGCCCACCGCCGCUACCGCCCCGCCGCCAUCCUCGCCGCCGCUGACACGAUGGAGACACUGGACGACAAGCAGGUAACGCCGCAGUGCCGGGAGUUCAUCGUACAGGCGGACAGGUACCGCGCCGCCCGCAGGGAGGCAAUCACUCACCCGCCCCCCUCCGCGGCCCCCCCGAACACCAGCGUGCACCCCGCCAGGCCUGAGCACCACCUCCUCUUCACCCCCGUCACCCCCGCCGAUCACCCCCACGACUCCCCCGCUACCGGACCUCGUUUCGUUCUCGGGGCCCUGAGGCGGCCAGAGUUUGACCUCAUCCUGAGGCGAGCUGAGCGGCGGCGGGGACGACUGAGGGCCUCAUCUAAGGUCCCGCGGGACCCUGAGACCAGCGAGUGGCCGGGCGUGGGGCCCAUCGAGCAUCAUGACUCCUCCGGCGACGAGCUCUCAGACACAAACUCUCCGGACGGGGGCACGCGGGGGAGCCCCCAGUGGUCCCCGGAGUCCAGUGGUCCGCCAAAGAGUGUGUGGUUUGCCGAAGACGACGACCUGUCCCCCGAGGAGCUGCCUCGCCUGGUGCCGCGGCCCUACUGGAGGAACAAGCCCCCAGUUCCUCGCGGUACGAGUAGUGUGCCUGUCGCCACGUAGG